ACAAGAAUUCUCCGCCAAGACAAAUCCGAAUUCAUAAGAUUCCGUCCCAUUCGCGCGACCACGUCUUCUCACGCAACGUGAACCCCCUUGCCCCCCCCCCCCCCGGAUCUCCGCCGCCUCCUCCGCUCGCCGCCGGCUUCGUCCGCCGCCGCGCCGCGAAGCACGAGGGCCGCCUCCAACCCUAGAUCGGGCACCAGGUGCGUCUCCACCAGCCUCCGGUCACUCUGCCUCCCCCUCCGGGUGAACUCGCCGUGGAGUAAAGAGAUCGCCGCCGGCGACCGAAGUCGCGUAGGGUCGUUUGUGAGGGCCACGAACGCCUCGUCCUUGUCCUCGUCUCAUCCCUUGGGCAUCUAUACGAACUGAUUUCUGGUGUUGGGUUGAUUUCGCAUGGAUAAUUUUUUUCUUGUAUCACGUACAAAUCUUUCGCGGAACUCCAUCCAACUAGUGUGAAUGCAUCCAUUAUUGGAAGAAAUUUCCCACUCCAAUGCUGAUUUGUUAGCUGAGUCAUCCCUAUAGUUUGGUUCUGUUCAUCCUCAACUCCCGCAAUGUUGAUCUCACUUCUCAGUGACUCGUGCUCUCACCACAUAGGAUAUGAUCACCUGAACUUCUAUUAUCAUGUUGUACACUGGAAACAUGUCGCUCCGCUUCAGUAUCUAUUAAUUGCUGCAUUUUAGCCUUGUUGCAUUGAUGCCCUGCUGCCCCAUCUUGUGUAAAGCCCUACAUCAGUCGCUGCUUUCAGUCUGGUUUUGUGCGGUAUGGUUCUUGAGCAUACUCAAGUGCUCUGUGGGGUCCUGUGAACCAUGGGACUCUGGGUAUAUCUGCCUUGGGACAUUAGUUCAUGCUAACAUUUUGAGGUUGACAGUGGACCUAUAGUCUCUUGGAUUGAGCUUGUACUAAAUUGAUAAUGGAGAAAUUCAAGAGGUCUUCUGAUAUUAGUGCUUGAAAGAUCCAAACUGGCCAACAUUGGCUAUGGAGAAUUUGUGAAGUUACCAAAGCUAGUCUGUUUGGGCAAUGAUUCUGUUAUAUUGCAGCAUAGUUUGUAUUUCAUCAGAAAGAUUUUGAAGAUUAAUGUUUAUCAUGCAGCAUAGGCCAGUAUUGAGAUAAUCUGCAUGGUUGGGUGAUAAAAAGACUCCUUAAGAUGAGAAGGGUUUAAAGCAUUGUUUCGAUGAGCAUCCUACUGGAACUUAAGCUUCUCAAGCUCAUUAGCUUGCCCACAAGGCCUGUCAUUUGUAAAGGCCUUGUGAUAGUGAUUGUCCUGAUUGUAUUGAGAGCAAUCAUAUCUCCUUUUCUUGCCAUAAAUUCAUCUGAGAAGGAAGAAUUUUAUGAGUCAGCAGCCCCUGAGUUGCUUCCUCGAGUUAGGCAAGACAAGUUUGUUGAUGUCCCACAAAUUAUAUGGGGAUUGAACAAUCAGAAGAUUGCAUUUGCCAGAGCGUGCUUGACUGCAAGAUUCCUGAACAGAUCUCUUCUCAUGCCAAGUCUGAGCGCUUCACUCUUCUACAAAGAGGUUGACUUGCUGCAGCCUAUCAGUUUUGACAAGGUGUUUAACUUUAACAAGUUCAAUUCUCAAUGUCAUGGCUUUGUAAGGUUAGCUCGGUAUUCAGAAGUUUCAAAUCGAACUGAGCCUUUCAAACUCCAAAAGGGGAGUGGUAGACGGUGGACAGUGGAGAGAGACUUGGAUCAACUGCAGCAAUCCAGAGGGGGCAAGGCAGAUGACUUUGAAGUCAUUAAAAUUGUUGGGAAACAUCCAUUUCUGUGGCCUGAUCACUGGCGAGUCAAAGAUUAUGCCAAGAUCUUUGAUUGCCUUGUCUUAGCUCCGGAGAUAGAAACUGAAGUGGUUAAGGUGAUAUCCAAGAUUAGAGAGGCAGGCCAAAGGGCAAGAAAUGAAGUUGGAAUUUCUCAUAGUAAGCAGAGGAGAGAUGGUUCAACGAAUCUGCAUGUGCCGUACAUUGCUGUUCACAUGAGAAUAGAGAAAGAUUGGAUGAUACAUUGCAAGAAGUGGGAGCAGCGGUCCAAUUCAAAUGAAAUCUGCAGCAGUAAAGAAGAGAUCAUUCACAAGGUCUCACAGAUCAAGGAUCUGCGUCGGCCAGUCGCAGUCUAUCUUGCAGUAGCUGACAGCCUUCUUGAGGAUGAUUCAAUAACCAGCGGGUGGAGAGUGGGUAUGGUCGCUUAUGAGAAGAAGAAACUUGGAGUUACCGACAUCUAUGAUAGGCAACCGUAUCUUAUAAAGUCUGCCAUUGACUUUGAGGUUUGCUUGAGAGCAGAUGUGUUUGUUGGCAACAGCUUCUCAACAUUCUCCAAUCUUGUAGUGCUAUCCCGAACAGAAAGGUUAUAUAACCUGGGAAAGGCGAGCUCAUGUGGCGAGAACGUCGGGCUUUCAUCCUAUGCAUACAAUGUCAUUUGCGAUGAUGGUGGGCCACAGAGAUGGAUGACAGAUAUGUCAGAUACAAGCCUUCAAAGGUUAAGUUAUGGAACGAAUAAUGUCUCAUGCCACUGACAUUUGACAUAUAACACUUGACUGAACAUGAUCAUAAACGGGAGUGGACAAUCCCUGGCUGUAUUUCAUUUUCAUCUACAAACGAAACAAGUAUGUGCAGCUAAUUUGUGGUGCUUCUAUGUUUGAAGAUGGAACCGACAUGCCACACUUGUGAAAGAUUUCGGCCAAGAGCUGUCUGUAUACUUUGUGUGUGUCUAUAGAUUUUCUGAAAAGCAUUGGCAUGUACUGGACAGUCUUUAGUUUGUAAAGCUAAAUUCUGUGUGAUGAUUCGUUUAUCCGGGACCUUUUCAGUUUUUUUGGUUUCAGAAGCAGAUUUACUCAUUUGUUUGAA